ACCCGAAUUCAGUUUUCUAGUGUUUGUGAUGGGAACAUUGAGAUUGGGGGGGUUUUGGUAACUUCAAUUUUUGGCAGAGUUUGGAACUUUGAGAUGAGCAGCAAAAAGGAAAGUUAUGAAGAAGUAGAAGAAGAAGAAGAAGAAGAGAUGGUGAGUGGGAAAGUGGUAGUUGUUGCAGUUAAAGCUUCAAGAGAAAUUUCAAGAACUGCUUUGGUUUGGGCAUUGACUCAUGUUGUUCAACCAGGGGAUUCCAUUAAGCUGUUAGUUGUCAUUCCUUUUCUCUCCUCAGGCAAGAGGAAUUGGGGAUUCUCAAGAUUUACCAGUGAUUGUACCACUAGUAACUGGAGAUCCCACUUAGGAAGCGCUUCAGAUCAGAAAGAAAUUAUUACGAGUUCCUGUUCCCAAUUGGUGCUUCAACUACAUGAUUUAUAUGAUCCAGACAAGAUAAAGAUCAGCGUCAAGAUUCUUUCGAGUUCUUUAUGUGGAGCAGUUGCCAUUGAAGCCAAGAGAGUCCACUCAAGCUGGGUUAUAUUGGACAAAAAAUUGAAACAAGAAAAGAAGUGCUGCAUGGAGCAGCUGCAUUGCAAUAUUGUAAGUAUGAAGCGAUCAAGGGCAAAGAUUCUGCGCUUGAAUUUGAACAGUUCACCGAAGAUGGAACUUAAUGAUGGGGGGUGUUCAUUGUCAUUGGAGCUGAGUGCAUAUGCAAAACAAAAUCCAGACACAAUUAGAGGUCCUGCUGUUACUCCAGCUAGUAGUCCUGAGCAAGGAUCGCCGCUAUUGACUGCAACUGAUAUUGGUACCUCAUCACUAUCGAGCUCAGAUCCUAGCACUUCACCAUUUUUCCAGAGUGAUAUUUAUGAAAGGCGAAGGCACGAGGGACUGAAAAAUCUGGAGUAUAUUGAAUCUGACUCGGAGAGUGAAAAGCUAAGUUUAUCUUCAAAAAGUUCAUAUAUUCAGCCCUGGAUUGCCAAUGUGAUUUGUCUUGAUGGUGAGGACAGUAUGCAAAGGUUGGGCGAUCAAGACCCUGUCUUAGGAGUGCUUAAUUGUAAGAUUGAUGUCAACCUAAGCAAAAGUGUUAGAGAUGCAAUUUCACUUGCAAGAAAUGCACCUCCUGGUCCUCCUCCAUUGUGCUCUAUUUGUCAGCACAAGGCACCUGCAUUUGGAAACCCUCCAAGGUGGUUUACAUUUGCCGAAUUGCAACUCGCCACGGGUGGUUUUUCACAAGCAAAUUUCUUGGCACAAGGUGGUUUUGGUUCUGUACACCGCGGCGUGCUACCGGAUGGGCAAGUCAUUGCUGUGAAGCAGUAUAAAUUAGCCAGUACACAAGGUGAUAAAGAAUUUUGCUCAGAAGUUGAAGUCUUAAGCUGCGCACAACAUCGGAAUGUUGUGACGCUAAUUGGGUUUUGUGUGGAGGAUGGUAGAAGAUUACUAGUUUAUGAAUACAUAUGCAAUGGCUCUUUGGAUUCUCAUCUUUAUGGACGAAAACAGAAAGUACUAGAAUGGUCUGCUCGGCAAAAAAUCGCAGUGGGAGCUGCUCGCGGCUUAAGGUACCUACAUGAAGAAUGCAGAGUGGGAUGUAUUGUGCACCGUGAUAUGCGACCUAACAAUAUCCUCCUUACUCAUGAUUUUGAAGCACAGGUGGGAGAUUUUGGACUUGCUAGGUGGCAACCUGAUGGAGAUUUGGGUGUGGAAACCAGGGUCAUAGGAACAUUUGGGUAUUUGGCGCCAGAAUAUGCUCAAAGUGGGCAAAUAACAGAGAAAGCUGAUGUGUAUUCGUUUGGAAUAGUGCUAUUGGAGCUUGUAACAGGAAGGAAAGCCAUUGAUAUAAACCGCCCCAAAGGCCAGCAAUGCCUCAGUGAAUGGGCACGGCCAUUGCUUGAACUUGAACACGAAGAAGCAGAAGCGAGAGAAGAGCUAGUUGAUCCUAUAAUAUGGAAAGGGAAAGGGUAUAUUGCUAAAGAGGUUAAUCGAAUGUUGCAAUGUUGCUCCUUGUGCAUCCGAAGAGACCCUCAUUCAAGGCCCAGAAUGUCUCAGGUGCUAAGGAUGCUGGAAGAAUGAACAUUGUACACUCUAAUCAAAAUCAAACUUGGAUUAAUUUCUUCAUUGUACAGAAAAUCACUACUCUAUUUUUUUAUUUUUAUUAUUAUCAUUUUGGUUCCCCCUGACAAGCGUAGCAAAAUUUUGUAAAGCAAACAUUUAGUCUCCAAGAAAAUAAAUUAAUUAAUAAAGAGAAAAUAAACAAGUGUAUUAAAUAACAAUAUAACAUAAAGGAGUCAUUUAAAAGAAAAACAAAACAAUAGAAAAUCAAAGAAGCCCAAAAGGCUUGUUAGUAUUUGGGCUUGUAUUUGUGGAUCAUUAUUUUUAUUGGCACUUUGUGUAAUAGGUCCAACAAUAUGGGUUAUGUUUUCCCCACUCCACAUGGGUUGGCCCCCCAAAUUCAACAAACUCUAAUCAAAUACACAAUACAGAAACUAUAUUCGCUCGA